UUUAAAACCACUGGAAGUCCUUUCAUAAAACGGGUAAUACAAGUAGCUAGUUUUAAAACUUGUUUGCGGCGUUGAUCAUAUUGUGCAUUACGCACCUGCUCCGCUCAGUGAUUCUUGAGGCUCAUUUUCAGCCCGGUUAUGAUUUUAAAUAAUCUAUUGUAUUAAACAAUAUGGCGCUGCAUCAAAGAACACAAAAGACGUUCGUGGCGAUAUUUUUGAUAAUCUUUUUAGUAAAAACACACGGGUCUCCAAGAAAAAUACACAAUGACUUAAAAGAUUUAAAAAAAGCUUCUGAUCCAAAACAAAGAAGUUACAUAGAUAUAGACGCUACAGACCCCUUCAAAGUUCCAAAACAUAGUCAGUAUAUAGAUCGUCCGGUGCCUGAUUGGGUGGGUCAUGGGAGUGAGCGAAACGAAUAUGAUGAUGCUAAUGAUCUACCACCAAAACAUUUCAGCAAAUUUCCGUAUGAUAUGAAACAAAGAAACAUAAACCAUAACAUUGACCAAAGUAGGCAAGGGUUCAGAGGAUUCAAGCAGGAUGAAAAUGAAGAUGAAAGAGAUAGAUUCGAAGAAAAAGAUUCAAACGACCAAAGAGAACAAGCAAACGAGACCAAUGAUUUUAAUAAUGGAGCGUCUUCAGAAAACGCUCAUAAUCCUGCUAAAUUAAACUUAAGAACACGUAUCAAUAAAAAAAUAUGAAUGUGAGGGUAAAAUAAUUGUUAAAAAAAAGCUCGAACGCAAGCCAAAAAUUAUCCGAAUUUACAAUCCUAGAUGCUAAUUUCAAGUUUUUUACAUAAAAUUGUGUAAAUUUAAUACAAAUGAAUAGUCAUUAUUACUUCCAUGGAAAAAAAAAAAUUUUAUAUUUGUAACACAUUCGUUACUUCCUCA